UGUGUGCUACGUCAUAGUUUCCGCGUUAGUCGAAAACAUGGCUGAGUACCUUGCGUCGAUUUUUGGCACAGAAAAGGACAAGGUAAACUGUUCAUUUUACUUCAAAAUUGGAGCUUGUCGACAUGGAGAACGCUGUUCACGUCUUCACAACAAACCCACUUUCAGUCAGACAGUACUAAUUGAGAAUUUGUACAUGAACCCUCAGAACACAGCACUGACUGCAGAUGGAUCUCAUAUUCCUGUGGAUGAUGUACAAGGCCAGCAAAAUUAUGAUGAUUUUUUCGAGGAAGUUUUUACUGAGUUAGAGGAUAAGUAUGGAGAGAUAGAAGAAAUGAAUGUCUGUGACAACCUGGGUGACCAUUUGGUGGGAAAUGUCUAUGUUAAGUUUCGAUAUGAGGAAGAUGCAGAAAAAGCUGUGAAUGAAUUGAACAAUCGCUGGUUCAAUGGCCGACCAGUUCAUGCAGAAUUGUCACCAGUCACAGACUUCCGAGAAGCAUGUUGUCGGCAGUAUGAAAUGGGUGAGUGUACUCGUGGUGGUUUUUGUAACUUUAUGCACUUGAAGCCGAUUUCCAGAGAAUUGAGACGUGAACUCUAUGGCAGAAGUCGUCGAAAGGUUAGAAGAUCACGUUCACGAUCACCACCUACAAGACGAAGCAGGAGCCGCAGUAGAGAGCGUCGGCGAUCAAGGUCACGGGAACGUAGGUCAAGGUCACGUAGUAGAGAGAGGAGAAGGUCCAGAGAAAGGGAUGGAAGACAUGGCAGAUACUGAGCAAUGACUGUUGCGUCUUCAUCUUUUGUUGUAUUUUUUUGAUGAACUUUUAAAAUCUUAAAACCAAACAGUUUAUCAUGUCAUUCAUUUUGUGUGUAGCAUUAUUAAACUGAUUCAUUUAAAUAUAAGAGUUUUUUGUGCAAUUUUUAGCUUACCUCAGUAACUGGAAAAAGCUUUGCAGAAUGCUCUAUUUGUAGUAUCAUUGUAACAGGUUGAAUAUAUGUGUUCAGUUUGUAAGGAACAAUAAAUCCUUCCUGAUCUUA